ACGAGGAAUCUCAAUCUUUCCGAAGGAUGGAGUGAGCGGAAAGGGCAUUUGGGUCAGAUUGAACUGAAUAAUAGGAAACACACAGGUGGAGUGGCGAGCGGAAUUUGAUAUGUUAUAAAAAAUACUAUCAGGAAAGGGGUGUUUUCGAUUCGAUCAACUCACUCACGGGCACGCCUUUCAUUCCAUUCCGAUGCGAUGACGACGAUGAGUUCCCUCUCCCUCUCUCUUGACUGGCACAAUGAAUCCUACCCUGCCUAUCAUGAUUUCUACCUUCUCCCCAUUUUCGCUCUCUUCUUCCCCUCCCUUCGCUUCUUUCUCGACCGAUUCAUAUUCGAGAAAGUGGCUAGACGAUUGAUUUUUGGAAAGGGGCAUGCGGCGCUGGACUACCAGACUGACGAGAGAAGAAAAAAGAUUAGCAAAUUUAAGGAAUCAGCCUGGAAAUGUGUUUAUUAUCUUUCCGCCGAGAUUCUUGCUUUGUCUGUAACAUACGAUGAACCAUGGUUUACAAAUACUAUAAACUUUUGGGUGGGACCAGGGACCCAGGUCUGGCCAGAUCAAAAGAUCAAGUUGAAAUUAAAGGCAGUCUAUAUGUACGCUGCUGGAUUUUACUCAUACUCCAUUUUUGCUUUAAUAUUUUGGGAAACGAGGCGCUCCGAUUUUGGAGUGUCCAUGAGUCAUCAUGUUGCUACUGUAAUUCUUAUUGUUCUGUCUUACAUUUUUAGGUUUGCUCGUGUUGGAUCAGUUGUUUUAGCACUUCAUGAUGCUAGCGAUGUGUUUCUAGAGAUAGGGAAAAUGUCCAAAUACAGUGGUGCUGAAACAAUGGCUAGCUUUGCUUUUAUUCUAUUUGUUUUAUCUUGGAUCAUAUUGCGCCUCAUUUACUACCCAUUCUGGAUUCUUUGGAGUACAAGCUAUGAAGUUCUGCUCACUUUGGAUAAGGAAAAGCACCGAGUGGAUGGUCCAAUAUAUUAUUAUGUGUUCAAUAGUCUUCUGUACUGCUUGCUUGUUAUGCAUAUUUAUUGGUGGGUGUUGAUAUAUCGGAUGCUUGUUAAACAAAUCCAAGCAAGAGGAAAAGUUAGUGAAGAUGUUCGAUCUGAUUCAGAAGAUGAAGAUGCACAUGAACAUGAAGAUUGAGUACGGAAGCAAAAGCAUAAUAUAUUCUUUAGGCAAAGAUGAUUUGGUUAGCUUCAAUCGUUUUCUGUGCCUUUGGCCACAAAGCUAAUAUUUUCAAAUCUUAAUCAAAUUGAGAGGAUUAUAUUUAUACGGAUUUGAGUACAGACUUCGGAGCUGGUAUAAAAUGGCAACAGAUGGAGAGAAUUUUGAUUCUUCUAAACUAUGGGUCUAUGCUGCAACUCCUGAAGUUUAGGUGUACUUCCUAACAUUUGGUUAAGAUAUUUUGACUUUCUUGGUUAUUUGCCCCUUGUUCGAAUUACAAGUUGUGUGUCCGUUAAUGUUUUCUGCCAUAGAUGUUAUCCACUUGGUUUUGAUUUAUUGAAGACGAAAAUUAUUGGACUUAGUCGUUGUAGUUCUGAACUUGUUCAGGGUUAUAUUCGGGGAAUUUAGUUCUAAUUCACUUAAAAAGCAAAAGGAAAAUCAUACUAUAAA